GUGCGAUGAGCUACAUUGUGAUGCUGAGUAAAGUGCGAGUGUGCAAAAUGCCGGUGGCAUAUUACAUACAAUGAUAUAGAGAUGAGUAAAAACUUAAGAGCGCACGCAGUAGAUAAUAUAAAAUGCUUUGCACAAGUGUGUGUGAUAUGCUGUGUUAUUAUAGCAACAGUUUUUUUUUUGGCGCCUGAACGUUUUUGACAAACGGAGCAGAAGUCAAUCCGUUCACAGCACAAACAAAGAGCGCAACACAUAAGAUAUAGCAUAUACAUACGUUUAUCGAUUGUCUGCGCGCAAAAUGUCCGAUAGCAUGAGUCUAAUGUUUUACGGUAUUGGCCGUACAGCGGAGAAGUCCAAUGGCACCAAAGUGUCCAAAGCGAGCAAUGUUGGUAAAUUUCAAGUAAAAAAACGUGCACAAUACGAAAAUGAGGUUAUCAAAUGCGAAUCAAAACUCGAAGCCAUUCCAAUAUCGUACGGUGAUCGUUUCAUACCACGCAGAUAUUUUCGCAAACAAACGCCAAGUUUGUCAACAAAAGCGGUCGACGAAAAUGAGAAUGACAUUUUUGUCAUUCAUAAAAAACCGUUUUACUGGCGACUACACAAUUAUCAGCUUCAACUUGGGAUGCAACUUGGGUUAAGUGAUAGUGGUCGAUUACUCAAUUUUUUUGAUGCAACCACGCAGCAGGCCUGUGAUCGUACAUUCAAUAUGAAUCCACUGAAAACGGAAUAUUCAAUUCCGAGCAAAAGCACCGAAGCAUUAGAUUGGCCAUGUAAACCACGCGCUAAACCACUGUCGUACAACGAUUCAACGCAUGAUAUGCCCGGAUUCGAUGAUUAUAUGAACGGACACAAUAUUAUCGACUGGAGCAGUCAAGGUCAAAUAGCCGCCAGUUUUGAUUCAUCAUUGGUUCUGUGGGGUCCACCGACCGCCUCUGACAAAGAAACAUCGACUGUUUUGUACGAAUUGAAACAUGUCAGAGCGCUCAAGUACAGUCCAGAUGGAAAUCUGUUGGGCCUUGGUGUUAACAACAGUGUUACAACUUCAUUGCUCCAACUGUGGGAUAUCAGCGAUAAAAUGUCGAUUUACACAAAAAAUGCAUGCAUUCUACUAAAGGAAAGGCCAUUAGACAGCAUACGGUGCAUUGAAUGGGAAUCAACGGCGAAGCGUAUCAUUUGCGGUAUGUCAUCCGGUUUGGUGUUUGUGAUCUCGUAUCCCCAAUUGCAAAUUGUGUACCGCUAUGAUGUCCACAGAUCUACAAUAAGCAACAUCAAGUACUCCAUCAAUAAUACGUUCAUCGCGGCUACCGAUUCCACGGGAAACUUAUCGGUAUUACGAAACAAUGCAAAUUUCGAAGUUUAUCUUAAAAACAGGAAAGCACAUUACAUCGCAUGGCAUCCGUGGAUUGAGACCAAUCUGUUGAUUGGCUAUAAGUCACCCGCAUCAAUUCAUCUGUUGGAUUUGAAAACAAAGACAACAAUUGCACACUAUCGACGCACCGACUUGCAGUACUCGCUAUGCGCCAUAUCGAUGAAUCCAUUAUCAGCCGAAUUGGUUGCAUCGUUUUCGCAUCAAGUCAACGAUGUAACACACAGCGAUAUAAUGGUCUUGGCUUCAAUGAACAGGAUAGUGGAUAACAUUUCAGCCCAUCAAGAUUCUGUCUACUACAUUUUAUGGGAUCCGACUGGAACGAAAGUGGCCACUGCUGGUCAGGACGAAUCGCUGAAUAUUUGGCAUUUUUUUGGUAAGUCUCAGAGAAAAGCCGACGAAUUAAGAAAAAUCAAUGACAACAUAAAAAUCCCAAAGAACAGCAAAUUGAACUUGGAUAAUGCAUUCAUAAUGUUUCGCUAGUGGUUUCUCUAUUUUAUUUUGUUAAAAAGAAAGUUAAUUUGUGAUUAAUUAUUAGUUAUUGUAGUUUAAAUUACAGACAAAAAACUUUGUGUCCAUUUAAUUGAUUGAUUAACUUUUGUGAUAUUUUCCUUUUGUUAAAUGUUUUUAUUACUCUGUUUUAAAUAAAUCAAUGUUGUUAGGUUUGUAGAGUUCAAACGCUUUAAAGCGAUAGGAAGCAAAGAAACGACCGAUUUUGGAAAAACUGUCGAUAAAAUCGCUUUUUCAGCGCUUAUGUAGGUAAUAAUGAGAGAAAAUAAGUAAAUAUAGUGCAUGAUCGAAUAAGAUUUGUAAUAUUCGCAUAACAUAGACAUUGUCUCCAGUUUUUCUCCUUAAGUUUUUGUUUAAAAAAAAAAUCAUUUGUUUAUUCAUUGUCUACUCAAAUAAAACUUGAUUUGGAGCAUACAA